UGUGUCUUCGUUCUGUUACAGUCGUCUUUCACCAGGUUCGUGGAGACUGGCCGCGUUGCCAAAUGCGCUGUUGGAAAAUACAAGGGACGCCUUGUAGCUAUCGUCAAUGUGAUUGAUCAGAAUCGGGUACUGAUCGAUGGCCCCACCAGCGGCGUUCCCCGUCAACAGUACGCCGUGAACCAUCUGCAUCUGACGAAGUUCCGCGUGCGCUUCCCGCAUACUGCCCGUACCCGUCUGGUGCGCGAUGCCCUCGAGAAGUUCGACAUCAGGAAGAAGUUCGAGGAGACCAGAUGGUACGAGCGUUCCGUCGCCAAGGCAAAGCGCUUCAGCAUGAACGAUUUCGAUCGCUUCAAGCUGCGUCUUGCCCGCCGCGAACGUAACGCCAUCGUCAGCGCGCAGUACAAGAAGAUGAAGAAGGUGGUCGUCAGCAACGGUAUGCUGUUCGGCAAGCCGCGCAAGGGUACGAAACCGCUGCCGUCGAAGCGCGAGAAGAAGCCCGAGGAUGCCGCCAAGAAGAAGAAGAAGAAGGUCAAGGCCCCCAAGAAGGAGGCGGGCAAGAAGGUCGCGGCCAAGAAGUGAGAGCGGUGGCUAACGAAUUACUACUAUCGGGACGCAGCGGGAGUGUAUAAUUAUUAAAAGCCGUUCAAAAGAGGAAGAAGUAAAACCAACCACGAAAAAAACACACAAAAACACUCAA